AUGAAAACAGAAAUAGCAAAUAAAGGAAGUUCAAAGGAAGCAUCUAGUGCUUGGAAUAGAGCAGGUACAUGGGAGGAUAAAACCUUAAAGAAACCUUAACUUUAAAAAAUUCUAGAAUCCCUUUUUAUCAAUGCUAAUUUGGAUUCUCCCUUGGAUGACUCUAUAGUGUUUGGUAUAACAGUUACAGAGGGGGAAGCAUCAAUCAUAAUGGUAAGAGGGAAAGUGAAAGUUGGGUAUGAAUUCUCUGUAGAGAUUGGUGUCGGCCACUCUAGACGUGACUACUACAGUGGCAGAUACGAGGUCAGAGAUUAUAUCUACUCUAUUGUUUCAACUAUAAUUCUACUUGCAAUACUUUAUCCAUUCUGUGUCUAUUUCUCAAUAGAUGUCGAAUUUCUAUAUGACACUAACAGUGAGUUUUUCAGGACAUCUUUCUACAGAUACAAUGUGAACACUUAGUAUAUCAGUCUUGGAAAUCUUUUUUAUUAGACAAUAGUAUAUGCUUUCGGUUGGCUGUUUAUCAGAAGAGUCAAUUAAAGAGACAUGAGACCUUUUUCAGAGCUACUAAAAAAGCAUGGUUCUUAUGACUCCUUUUUCAAAUUACUGGGCUAUUCUGUUGUUUUCUUUUUGACUAGCGGAGUAGUGAUAUUAGGUCACAGAUAUGACUAUUCGGGAUAUUGUGCUGAUGAUCAUGAAAUUCCAGUAGCUCAUACAAUUACUAAAUUGAAUGAUGUAGGCUGCAGAUUGCUCACAGAACAAGAAGUUAUUUAAUAGAAUUUUUAUACUUGGACUAUUGCCACUGUUGUGGGUUUACAAUUUACUCAUCUUUCAAGAAGCAAACUUUUUGGAGAUUUUGACUUUGAGGGUAAUUUCCUGUCUUAUUGGCCUCUUAGAAACUACUUUAUAUUAGUAGCAGUUGUAGGUUUCUCCUUGUACGUGCUUGUUGUCCUCAAUGAUCUUUACAUAUUUGUGCAUGCUUUCUACUUCUAUACAGCAAUAUUCGUUGCAUCACUUGCAAUAUUAUUUGCUCUGAUAUAAUUUGUGUUUGGUAUCGAUAGGUUUCACUUGCAUCAUUAUGUUAUAGCUUAGUACAUCCUUGUUUUCAGUUGCUUUUAAACUCCACUUAUUACUUGGAUCAAUGGUUAUGUUACUGGAAUGAUGAUUGAUGGAGGUGCAUCUUUUGAUUGGGAUCCUCUGUUUGAAGAUCCACAAGAUAUGAACAGAUACAAGGAUAAAACUCUAAGGUUAUCUCAGCCUCACCCUCAACUUAAUUCUGCAAAUCCUUCUUUAGUGCAAAGUUCUUAAAUUUAUGAUUCCCUCAAUAUAGUAAUUGUUUGA